AUGGUGAAGCAGGAGCCAUUUGGCGUGGAACAAUUCAUGGACAAGUAUGAGACGUCCAUCAAAUACAACAUGGGCGAGACUUGUGUCGACUCUCUCAGAAUGAAAGACAUCAUCCCGGAAUCUGAACAUGCUGCAGUGACAGACGCCUUGCUUGGCACAAAGCUAGUCUACGGACACAUCAGAGGUUCUCCGGAAUUGAAGAGAGAGAUUGCCAGGCUUUAUGGCGAGGGUAUCACAGCGGACGAUGUUGUGAUUACCAAUGGCGCUAUUGGUGCAAACUUCUUGCUAUUCUACAGCUUGGUGGAGAAAGGUGGCCAUAUAUUGGUCAUGGAACCCAGCUACCAGCAAUUGAGCUCAGUACCGCAAAUGUUUGGAGGGAACGUUGACACGUUCAAAGUACUUCUUGAAAACGACUACUUACCCGACCUUUCAGCGUUGGAGAAGAAUAUGACUGAAAAGAAGACCAAGCUUCUUGUGAUCAACAACCCUAACAACCCUACAGGCUGUGUGUGGGGGAACGACGUGAUGGAGACGAUUGUAGAGCUUUGCAGAAAGCUAGACGUUACGCUCAUGUGUGACGAGGUGUACCGGCCGCUUUACCAUGAAGCCAAGGACACCAAGUCUGUUGUGUGCUUUGGCUACGACAAGACGGUCUCUACAGGAUCCAUGUCCAAAGCGUUUUCGCUCGCAGGGCUUCGGGUAGGCUGGAUCGUCACGAAAAAUGCAGAGUUGGUGGAAGCUCUUUACGAGAAAAGAGACUAUAACACUAUCUCAGUGCUGAUGGUGGACGACAUGUUGGCCACGCUUGCAUUGCAAAACAAAGAGCGCAUACUAGAGAGGGCCCACCGGAUCUGUCUGCGCAACCUUGAUGCAAUUGAGCAUGUCAUUAACGGUCUGAAUAGAAUUUUGCAGUGGAAGUGUCCUCGGGGAGGAAGCACUUGUUUUGUAAAGAUCAAUGCUUCGAUUAACACCCUCGAGAUGGCCACUGAGCUUGCCACACAGCAUGGAGUUUUACUUGUUCCAGGAGAAUUGUUCAACGAGCCAGGAAGCGUACGAAUUGGCUUCGGAAACAGCGAGCGAGACAUUGAGGAAGGGCUCAAAAUCUUGUUGCAGUGGCUUGCAAACAAUACCAGUAAGUAG